GCUAAAGAGAGAGGCUGCCUGCUGAACUCAGAAGAGCCCAAGAUGAAUAAGGUGGAGCUCUUAUCAUGCUGUGUUAGGGGAGACAGUUUGGCAUCUCAGGCACAGGAAAUGUUGAUGAGAUAUGGCAGCAAUGCAGUAGAAUUUGCCAGUCACAACCAGCAGCCUUUUUCCCCCUCAUCUGCUCCAAAUUGGUUCCUGACAGUGAUUAAUUUCUGGAAUGACAAGUGCCAGGGCUCCAAUCUGCCUGUAAGCAAUGCAUUCUAACAUAGAAGACUGCCCCCAGAUGUGUGGGCAUCUGGCUGUGGCUACAAAGGACCAUCCCCAAUGCAAGCUGCAGGAGAUACCCUUCUAGAGGAUGUCCAGAGGCUCUUUGAAGACCUGGAAAAUUUCCUUGUGGAGGGACUGCAGGAAGAGAACCUCAGUGCUACAGAGAAGGUGCAGAGGGAUGCAAUCUUGUUUGAUAUCAAGCAACUUAAAGAGAGGUAUCAUUGGGGAUCCCUGCCUGGUGCUGAGAACAACUUACAGAAGACCACUCAAGAGCAAGGAGUAAUUCUGAAACAAGGAUACUUGGAAAAGAAAUCCAGAGACCCCACAAUCUUUGGCUCUGAGUGGCAGAAGCGAUGGUGUGUCCUUGACAAAAUGGCCUUCUACUACUACGCAAAUGAAAAAAGCAAGCAACCCAAAGGCAUGUUUGCCAUUAAGAACUACCAUGCCCAGCUGGCUUUCCACCUACGCAAGGAUUCUCGAAGAGAUUGCUGUUUCAACCUGACUUGUCCCGGUAAACGUACCUAUGAGUUUACAGCUGCUAAUCCUGAAGAAGCUGUGGACUGGGUGGAUCAGAUCCUAUUCCUGCUUAAGGAUAUGAGCUCUUUUGUUAUCCCCUGUGAGGAGGAGGAGGAGGAGGAGGACAGCAAUAUCAAAGAAGAGGCCUAUGAUGACAUAGACAGUUUUGAUUCCCCCAAUGCGACACUUCAUCAGGAUACCACUUUGCAUCUGGAGAAAGAUGAGGCCAAUGGACAGUGUGAAGAGUGCAUUUAUGAAGUUCUUCCAGAUGAGGAACUUGGCUUGCCUGCUACGGACAACAGAGAAGGUUCUGGAAAUAAGGAGAAAACAGAAGAGCUCAUAAGAAAUUAUGCAAAUUACUAUCAAGGUCUGUGGGACUGCACUGGUGGCCAUCCAGAUGAACUAUCAUUCCAACGGGGAGAUUUGAUACACAUCAUCAGCAAGGAGUAUAACAUGUAUGGCUGGUGGGUCGGAGAGCUGAACAGCAUAGUGGGAAUUGUCCCAAAGGACUAUCUUGUACCUGCCUAUGAUGUGGAAGAAAGAUGAACAGCAGAUAACCUGGAUCUCAUCUCUUCCCAUCCCUUUGCUUUGCUGAUGCACCAGAAAAACUUCCUAGAAUCCUCUUUGCUAUUCUGAAGAAAUAUAUGUGUGCCACAAGACAUCCUCAGUCAACAUUCAAUCUGCUGCAGAGGCAUGGUCCUCUCCAUCGUUCCUUCGGUCUUUUCCAAACUGAGCUAUGGUAUUUCAUAUCCUAGACUUUUGCUGUAGUACUUUUUUUCCAUUUAGCACACACUCUUGUUCUGGAGUGUUGAUCACAGGAGAAGCUGGGCAGAUAUGCCAUAUACAUGAGAAGAACUGCCAAGUGGAUUUGGGGGGGAAACUUGAUUCUGCAGAACGCUCUGGGGGAAGGAUGU